UUGAGUCACGACUCACGACCCGGCCGUGGUGGAGAGGUCUACUACCAAAAUAAAAGCUUUUCCAUAAAGACCAACCAUACUUUUGUCCUUCACUCUCUGCCAAAACUAUACAUACAAUUCGGUUUCUUUUAUGUAAUAAUAUAGGCUAAUCCUCUCUUCAAGCCCAGAUGGAAAUAAUUCAGGUUGAUCCUAACUGCAACCUUACUGAAGAAACAUCUCCAAAGCAGUUGCUUCCCCCAGAUUCUCCUGAUAUAAGUGAUAUAUUUGGCGAUUCACAAUUAAGUCCGAGAGUUGGCAACAGAUACCAGGCGGAAAUUCCUCCUAUGAUAGCAGGAUGGGAACAUCUUCAGCUUUUGAUGAACUCAGAAGGUAGUCCUUAUAUUGACCAUUCCUUUAUGUUCAGCUUAGCUGUCCCAGUCACUUGGAUCCACGAACAAGAUAUUGAUUUCGAGGAUGAAGGCAAGGAGGGUCCAAGUAAGCCUGAUGAUGCAACUAAGGUGGCUAGAAAGUGCAGAAAGGGCCAGAAUUCUAAGAGGAAGAAAAAUUCAGAACUAAGUGCUGAACGGUCGAAUGCUAGGUUGGUCGAUGAAAAGGAAUCAAAUGCAGAGAACCUUGAAUGUGGAAUGGCACCAUGUGGAGGUAAAAGCUCUCAUCUGAUUCCUGGUUCAUCAAGUGAUGCCUGGAACAACACAGAAGCGGAUAGUUUUCUUCUUGGUUUGUAUAUAUUUGGGAAAGAUUUCGGGAAGAUAAAACAAUUAAUUGGAAACAAGAAGAUGGGGGAUAUAUUGUCAUAUUACUAUGGGGCAUUUUAUAAGUCAGAUAGAUACCGCAGAUGGUCAAGUGGCCAAAAGAGAAGAAAUCGAAGAAUUAUAUGUGGACGGAAAAUCUUUACUGGCUGGAGGCAACAGAAAUUGUUGUCUCGUUUGCUUACUCAUGUCCAGGAUGAAUUACAAAAUAAUGUUCUAGAGCAGGUCUCGAAGUCAUUUGUCGAGGGGAGAACUUCACUUGAAAAUUAUGUCUUCCAUUUGAAGGAUAAUGUUGGGAUAUGUAGUCUUGUAGAAGCUGUUGGCAUUGGUAAGGGGAAGGUUGAUCUUACAGGCCUGGCCAAGGAGCCUCCAGGGACCACUCAAGUUUCCCCUGAAAUACCUUCUGGGAAGGCUUGUUCAUCUCUUACAUGUGGUGAAAUCCUCGGUUUUUUAACAGCAGGCUGUCGGUUGAGCAAAGCUCGAUGCAAUGAUAUUUUUUGGGAAGCUGUUUGGCCACGUCUGCUUGCCAGAGGAUGGCACUCGGAGCAACCCAAGAAUCAAUGCUCUUUUAGUUCCAAACAUUGUCUAGUGUUUCUUAUUCCUGGAGUGAAGAAGUUCUCACGAAGAAAGCUUGUUAAAGGAAAUCACUACUUUGAUUCCGUUAGCGAUGUUUUGAGCAAAGUGGUAUCUGAGCCAACGCUCAUUGAACUUGAUGCUGAAGGAAAUGAUUUUCGGAGCUGCAAUGAAGAAAAUAGUUGCCUUUCAGGAGAAUCAUCAGAUCAAGAUGAUCUUCCCAAUCAUAAGCCUCAUUAUCUCAAGCCCCAAGUCUCUAUUUUCAGUUCAAACGAUAUGAAGUUCACGGUUGUUGAUUCCAGUUUGGUCCAUGGAGGAAAAGCAUCCAAGAUGAGAGAACUUAGAUGCUCGCCAAUUGAUUUGAUGUUUACUUCCAAACCAAUGCAGAAGGUAACUCAAGAUUAUGGCCAGGUAAAUGCUAAUCAUACUAAGGCUCGCCAUUGUGAGGGCAUAAUCGCUAGCUCUACUGCACGCCAUACUAAAUUCAGCAUUGUGGAUACCAGUUUGCUCCAUGGAGGAAAAUCCUCCCAGGUCAGAGAACUCAGAUAUUUACCGGUUAAGUUUGACAUUUCUUCCAAAAUUAAGAUUUGUUCAGGAGGAAAUGAAGAUAAUUCAAGUGAUGAUUCUUCAGAUGAGCGUGAGCGAAGAAUCACCAACGGAUUAUCCAGUCAUGGUUCAGUUGUCAUGGAUAUGAAACCUGGCAGUAAACCAGUUACUGCUGAUAACCAAAAUCCGAAGAACUCAUGCAUGGCAGACCAGGGUUUUCUUACUCACCAGUAUGAGAGGACCAAUGCAUCAGAAGAUACAAGGUCAAAUACGAUAAUAAAGCACCAUUUCAGUAGAAGAGCUAAAUCUAGUCAUUCUCCUUGUUUAGUUCCCUCGGGAAAGAAAAUAACCGCUCCGGCAAUUAGUUUAGCUUCUCCAAUGAAAGGGGAAAGAUUAACUGCUCCUGCUAAGACACAGAGAAGGAACCGUACUGAGAAUAUCUCUAGUAAUCCAAUUCAUUUGGUUUCUCCUGUGAAGAGACAGAGACUCAAUGCUUGUGGAAAGAUAGAGGAAAGUUGCUUCAGUGAGAAGUUUCCUGCCGACAUUCGUGAACAAACGGAGCUAUGUUGUGCCUUAAAAUCACAAGAUGAUGGCAGCAUUGAGGUUCUCCGCGUUAGUGAUUCUGAAGAGAAAGUAUCAUCUAUUGGUUCUUCUGCUGAAGGCAAUUCUCAAUCCAUAGAGACUCUUCAAGGGAGUAGUGAGAAGCUUCCAUUGCUGUCAUCAGUCGGUUCAAACCCACCCCUGCUUCCGCUGGAUGCUAGAAAUGGUGAGCCAGGAAUGCUGGAAACUGAUGGCAGCCAGUUGGCCAUUGAGAAUAAUUAUGCUGAUUUGUCUAAAACCGAUACUACUGUUUGUGCAGAAGACGAGCAACCUAUGACAAGCUCUCGGAGGCAAAGCAAAAGAAUCAGACCAUUGACAAGUAGAGUGUUGGAAGCUCUUGAGAGCGGAUUCUUUAACAUGAAGAGGAUGAAAAAGGUUAGAGAUGAGCAAGCAGAAGCAAUGCGAUUAUCGAGCUCUUCCCUAAAAGCACUCAGUACAGUCGAUGCAACAUCAAAGCGUGAGAGCGCUAGCGAUAAGACUGUGGAAGGUGGUGCAUCUAUCUGUUCCAAAGAUGUUACAAGUGAACCUCCUCAAAUGAUUCACUAGCUAUGCACAGUAACCAACAGUUUGCGGAAUUGGCAGAUAUCGAGGACAUUCCUCGAAAAACAGUCAUCGUCAUCAUCAUCAACAACAACAAGAUGUCGAUUAGAAGGAAUUGGCCGAGCAAGAAUGCAAGGCUUGAGCCAUUUUCAGAAACUUUAAAAUUAAAGUUAGAGGUAGCUCUAAAUAGAACUUGUUUAGUUGUUUGAUUAACUAUCCUUGUCACCUUCUUGUCUUUUCUUUUUUUCUCUAUAUAUUUUCAAAUAUUUUUCAAAUAUAAUAUUCUUGUGUAGCCAUGGACUAAUAUUUAAGAACCACAAUGAUAUUGCUAAACAUCAAGACAUUGAACA